AGAGUAGCUAGUGUUGUUGUUAAGGGAGUAAAAUAGCGAACUAUUCUAUAUCAUAUCAAGACUAAGAUUUGUCGAUGAUUAGUACUUCAUACCGCUACAGAUUGCAGAUGACAUCAUGUAGUUGAUGUGUCUACAGCAGAUUGAUCUGGUAUUGUCUUGGUGGAUUACUGUGUAAGACAACUCAGUCAAGAUUUCUAAAAUAAAACGUCAACCCAAGAGAGUUCGCCUUAGUGCAAGCACUAAUGGUGAUGGCGGCCAUGGACUCUGACGAUUCCUUGGGGAGCCCCCCUCCCAAGUCAGGCUCCCAGUCCAAGAGGGAACAAAAAAGACGCCCCAAGCCUAAAGAUGGCACCAUGCUGUUCUGUGGGGUGUGUGGGGAUAGGGCCCUGGGGUACAACUUUGACGCCAUCAGUUGCGAGUCCUGCAAGGCUUUCUUCAGGAGAAAUGCUCUCAAGGCUAAGACGUUUUUACCUUCUCCAUUCCAGCCCUUUACCUGUAGCUUUGAAGGAAAUUGUAAACUGGACGCGCACACACGCAAGUUCUGUUCUGGAUGCCGGUUAAAAAAGUGUUUUUCUAUUGGGAUGAAAAAAGAAUGGAUCUUAAAUGAAGACCAGUUAGUGAAACGUAGACAGCGCCAGCAGACGCGCCAGCUUCAGCAGUCCCCUGGCGGAGGCUCCAACUCUGAGAUCCAGCCCUGCUCCUCCACAUCAAACGAUCUGAUGGGCGAGGACAGCGGGAUGUCCUACCUCCACCCCGGGCAGCUCCCUCUCCCCCGCCACCCCCACCUCAUGUCCACCGGCCAGAACGGCGGUGACAGUGAUUUCAUGACACUCAACCCCUACUACGACUCCCGCUCUUCUUCAACCUCCCCACUCAAGCGCCACUACAUGAGCUUUGACGGCUCCGCUUCCCCCACGUCAACAAGCUCCCCCCCAUCACAUAUCCCACACCACAUGGCGCCGCUGAUGCCGAACCCCCCUCUACCACACCUGCGCACCCACACCCUGGAGCCUGUCACCAAGAUCCCUAAAGUUGAGUACUCCUCCGACGAGGACGACUACUACUAUGGAAGCGCUUCCAACAGUGUCAACCCGCUGAGCGAGACCGUCUGCUCGUCCGACGAACUCACUAACAGCUCGUUCGUCAAGUCUGAGAUCUCGGAUCCAGUGGAAGAGAACGAGGACUACAGCAUCCCCCUGCACCCACAGAUAGACAGCAGCCUCAAGGAGCUGAGUAAGAUCUACGACGAGAUAUUUGAAGCUGCUUAUACCCCAGACCAGGUCCCCAAGUUGACGGAGAAACCCAAGACAGCCAGUCAGCUCUUCAACAUGACUGACAUCUUUAUACGACGUCUGAUUAGAUUUGCGAAGCAUAUCCCAGAAUUCAAGAGCCUGUCACAGACUGACCAGAUUCAUUUACUCAAGGGCGGUAUAAUGGAAAUGUUCGUCCUGCGCUCAGCAAUGGGAUUUGACUCGAAGAGCAAUGGAUUUAAAUUUAAAAUGCUACAAGGCUCAAACCCCGACGCCCCUAAAUUAGAAGGCAAGGUGGACUCGUCAGUCAUCAACAGCACCUUGGGCAGCUCAAUGUUCAUCCAGCACAUCACAUUUGUUAGACAACUUCUAGAAGUUUCUGGCAAGGAUAGAACGGUGCUCAUGCUGCUGUUUAUCAUAGAACUCAUGUCCCCUGACAGGGCCCAUCUGGUGGAGACCAAGCAGGUUAUGCAAAGCCAAAAGCGGCACUCCAUGUGGCUGAAAGCUUACCUCGAGUCCGUGCAUACGGUCGCCAAAGCUAACGCCGUGUACCCCAAACUUCUGGAGAAGUUACAGGACGUACGGAACUUGGGUCAGGAAAGCUGUCAAAUGGCGUCGCAUUUGGACAUAACAAAUCUAGAACCCCUGCUGGUCGAGGUGUUUGAUCUGAACAGAUGAGACCACCAGACAUAGGGGAAAAUUUGGCUUUUUGAUAUUUCUAACGGAAACAGUCUCAAGUUUAGCCUGCUUUUGUACAAAUAAAACCAUGUUGAGCUGUGAAAUACUCAGAUGUGUCGUCCCAGGGGCGCUGAUAUCCCCGGGGGAUCCUACAUUGAAGUGGGUUUGGUUGCCGCAGCAUACACCAACCUCGUUUACCUCUUCUGUUGUUUCAGUUUUUUUUUCUGUUUAAAAAAAAAAAAACUACGAAGAUACAUUUUUAAAAACUAUUUGGUCAUGUGACAUUUCAAACUUUUUUCAAGACCUUGCAGUGAUGUAUAAAGUGCAUAAUUCUUGCCCAAGGACAUCCGAACUAUAUGGAUCGAGUUUAUUAAUGCCUUAAAGUGAUUUGACAGCUUUUAAUGUUUGUGCUAAAAAGGGUUUGUGUUUUAGGUAGUUGGUUGUUGUUUUUUUUAAAUCCGAGAUUUUAUGUCUGGCUCUUCUCUCUGUAAGCCUACAGUCCAGUAUCAACAGCCUAUGGAGUGACCAUGUACUGUAGCCAUGCAUUUGAUGCAGACAGUGCGCAAUGCUGUGGUGGACUAGAGCAAGAAAUCUAGAUUUUGAUAUCACUGUGUAGGUCCUUACCUCAGUCAUGUAUUGUGUAGGUCUAUACCUCAGUCAUGCUUUAUGUAGGUCCUUACCUCAGUCAUGCUUUAUAUAGGUCCCAUAAUAUCCAUAAGGGUUUUGUCAUCCAAUUUUUUUUAUGUUGUUCCAAUCUUCAUAUUUAACCAUUUUUUCUAACCCCCUUUUAUUAUAGUUUGCUAACAUUUGCAUGAACUAAGAAAUAACACUUAAUAUUUUACUAUAUUAUUAAUUAAAUACAUUAUCAUAAAUUUUAAGAUGGACAACCUUUAACUCAUUCAAUGUAAUCAGACUUUUGACUAAAAACACAUUUAUAAAUCUAUAUAAGUUAAGGUUUUAACCCAAUUUCUAAAAAUUAUUGUAUGUUUAUUGGUGCUUGCCAAAGUGGUAUGUAUGACGUGAGGUACCCACUGUUGUCUGUUAUAAACUGCAUAGCCACAUGGUUUGAUAUUAAUGAGUAGUGCCACAUACAUUGGCUGUGCAUUGGUUUGCCUUUCCUUUCGCUGAGAUAUUCACAAACCUCACUGCCACCCUAUUAGUUAAAUCAGUGAAUCUGUAGAGCUACAUCAAGAAAUUUUUCUAAACUCCAAACUGGUCAAUGUAUUCAUUUUGGCAAUAUUUUUCCCAUCCAAGUUUCAAACAUUGUUACCUACUUUAAGAAAAAAUAUUUAAAAUUUUUAGCUCGUAACAAUAUAACAUGGAUUUAAUUCUGAUUCUGUCAAGUCUGAUAACAUUGGCUAAUAUUUUUAGUGAUGUUAUCGUUAAAAAGAAAUUAAUUUUAAAAUACUUUUAUGAGUAGUGCUGGUCAUUCCUAGUGGUUCAACAGUGAAGGUCAAGAAAAUGAGUUGACAAAACUCUACUAACAAGUUUAGAUUUUUUUUUGGUUGUAAACAUUGAAGAGAUGUCAAAUAAAGUUUGUUAUGGUUUAGUGCUGUAGAAAGGUGAAGUUCUGUGCCAUACAUUUUCAGUGCCUAAUGAAUGAAGAGAGAACUAGCUGUUUGGGUUCCUAAUCUAUCCUUAACUUUCCUGUAGGAAGGUAGAAGCUGUUAAAACACUGCAAUGUGUGACAUGCUUGCUAAAAGGUGUAAUCCAGUUCAAUAAAACCUUUCCCAUACAUUUUACAAUGCAUUAGUUAGAUGAAACUUAUCCUAAAGUUUACCUAUCCCAGGGUCCCUUAGUUAAAACAUUUGACUCCAAAUGAUUCAACUCUUCGCCUGAACUCAGUUCUUAAAGCUUUCACAGCCAAACCUCCAUGCCAUCUUUAUAAAAUAAAACAUUGAUUAAUUAUUAAUUGUACAUAAAUGUUGCAUCUUAUACCUCAAAGAUUAAUGACUAAACCUGUACAAUGAGAUAAUCUAUAAAUGUCUAUAAGAUGUUAUUUCCCCUCACCACGUUGUUUAACUUAUAACUGUGGUAUGGCUUUCAAUAUACCGGUAUUUAUGUCAUGUAGUUUUGCCUACAUCAUAUUAUGUUAAUUAUGCAUUGGCUUGAUACGUUUGAUGUUUUCAUGCACAAAUCUCGGUGCGGUUCAUCCCUCCUGUAUGUUAAAAACAUCACAACUUUGAUCUCUUAUGUUACUGUCUUGUCUAACUUUAAUAUUGUGGUUGUGUCUGUAAAUAAUAGCAAGAGAAAAAAAAAUUACAAGUCAAGGCAGUUGUUUUUGGAAAGUAUCCAUGGCAACACCCUCUGUUUACAGUGCUACAUCAGAGACCAAUUUACCCUGCUCAUCUCAUCAACUGCUCAAAAAAAUCAUUUUUUUUUUCUCCAAUCAACUUUUUCCUUACUUCAGCCUAUUAAUAAAUUAUUAAAUUUUUAAAGUGAAAUCAUUCAGUUCUUUUAAAAAAUUUACUGUACACAUUAACUGUAGCAUUGUAAAAAGUUAAAUAUUUGUUUUAUUCACUACUUGCUAACUUAUCUUUUUGUUUAACUAAAGUGUGUCAUUGCUUUCUGCUUCAUUUUGUUAUUAAACUUUUCACAUUUUACUAUAACUAGCGGGUCCUAAUUCAUAUUCAUAAUUUUUUAUUGAUUCAAAUUAGAAUGAAGAAAACAGCUUUUACACUAUAACACUAAGAAUGAAUCAGCAAUUUCUUACACUAGAUGGUGUCAGGUUUGAUUGGUCUGUUUCUCCAUUUUUUUGUCAACACAUUUAAACUGGAUAACAUUUUUUUCUUGGUAUAAAAAAUAUCUGGAAAAAAAAAUCUCAUUAAAUCAUGCUAGCUGUACUGUUUUCAUUUGAAAUGAUAUAACAAUUUUGUUACUGUUCUAAUAUUUGUUCCUAUACUAUCUGUAGCCAAGUUUUUAAUGUUUUCAUGUAAAUUUGUUAUUUUUAAUUUGUUGACAGUGGUUAUUGUUGAAGUAUUGAAUUUACUGAACAUGUUGGUGUCAUUUUGUAGAUAGGCUGUGUUAGAUUUGAUAUGGAAAACAUCUUUUUAACUAAUAUACAUUGCCUCCUGUAUAACCCAUCAUUUUGUUUUGCUAAAGUGACUACACAUUAUUUACAUUUAAUUUUUAUACACUGUUUUAGAGGUGUCAGAUUUGUUCUAGAUGAGAUUAUACCUUGUUACUGUUAAUGUACUGUUUAUUGAGGGAGUUGGUUUUAGUGCUGAUGUAUUUUGUCAAGCCUAAAUUGAAACCUUCCUGCAACAAUUCAGUUCUUUGUUGGUGUGUUUUAAAAAACUUUAUUUAUUUUGGAAAGAUAAUUGGUAUUUACAAUUUUUAAUAAAGGGAGACUAAUUUUUAACAUUUUCAAUAUAUUAUUUUGGUAUACAAUAAAGCAUGUUAACAUUUUUAAAUAUUAUUUUGGUGUACAAAAAAAAAUUUAAAACUCUGUGUUAACCUUUAAAGAAUGUUCGACAGAAUUUUUCAGCCUUUAAACUGUGAUAGAAAACUGAACUCUCUUGAACCUUGUUUUUUUUUUUUUUAGCAUGGCAAUUAACAAAAUGGCAAUCUGUAUGUACAUUUAUUCUUAGAAUUGUCCCUUGUUAAUUUUUAUAUCACCACAGAGAAUAAGCACAUAAGUUUAGUCAUCACUUCUCAGCUGAAAAUAAUUACACGUAAAUGGUUGCUAUUUUAGACUACUGACUAUUUCUUGGGCAAACACUUUUAUAAUUUUUUACAUAAAGUUUCAAGCAUUUUUCCAACUAUAAUUCACCGAAUGAGGGUAUAAAAUAGAACAAUUUAAAAAAUUUUCUUAGGUUCGAUUAUUUCAUAACCACAUACAUAGAAAAAUAUUUCUCUUUUCUUAUAAACUCAUAGCAAACGAAUAAGAAUAUGAAUGUAUCAUUUGCUUGUAAAUUUUAGCGUAACACACAUGUGAUGCUGGUUCAAUACAUAAAGUAGCCGAGCCUGUCUUUUAAUUCAGUACAUCAAAAACUGGUUAGUGUCAAGUAAACUUUUAUCAGAUAGUGAAACUGUUUCAUCAGCUUAAACUUGAUUUUUUUUUUUAAAACUGUAAACUUUUUUG